AUGCAGACGCCGCCCGUGCAGCUCACCGAGCGCGCCGCCGAGCGCCUCGCUGCGCUGGCCAAGCGCGAGAAGCGCGAAGGCAUCGCGCUGCGAGUCGAGGUCACACCGGGUGGUUGUCACGGAUAUCAGUACCGCAUGGAUGUGGAGGAGGACGUCAAUGGAGAGGAGGAUGACUUCCGCUUCACGCCCGCGUCGCACUCCAAUACGCACCUGCUCGUCGACUCGCACUCGCUCUGGCUGCUCAAGGGCUCGACGAUCGACUACGCCACGGAGCUGAUUGGCUCGCAGUUUGUCGUGCAGGACAACCCGCAAGUAGCCGGCGCCGGCUGCGGCUGCGGCGUCAGCUUCGACUUGAACGUCGAUGCGAUCUGA